AUGAUAUUGAACGCAUUGAGAAGAACUUAUAUAUCCACUCCUACAUUUACACCACGUAUCCACUAUUCGCAGUCAAGAUGGCUAUCAACCGUCAAACUCGCACAUGAGAAAGUAGACGGUAGCGUUACCGAUGAACCUAUAGUUGUCUGCCAUGGUUUAAUGGGUUCGAAGCAGAAUUGGCGCACACUCGCUAAGAAUAUUGCACAGAAAACACAAAGUCCAGUAUACACGCUCGAUCUUAGAAAUCAUGGUACAUCACCACAUGCGGAGCCACAUGAUUAUACACAUAUGGCAGCAGAUGUCUCCCAAUUUAUCGAAGAAAACAAUUUGAAAAACGUCACUCUGAUUGGUCAUUCGAUGGGUGGAAAGGUUGUUAUGGCAUUAGCACUCUCGAAGCCUCACUUACUGCGUAGAUUGAUUGUAGCAGAUAUGUCUCCACAAAUCGCCGAAAUAUCUAAAGAAUUCCGAGCAUACACAGAGAGAAUGGCCGAAAUUGAAAACGCGGAUGUUAAAAGUAAGAAGGAGGCUGAUCAAAUGUUACAGACUGUAGAACCAAAUAUGGCAAUUAGACAGUUCCUCCUCACGAACGCGGAGAUGAACAAAGAUACCGGAUUUUACAAAUUUAGAAUCCCAGUUGAGAUUCUAAGGGACGCUAUCCCAGCUAUUGGUGAUUUCCCAUAUAAAGCAGAAGAUGAAGUCACUUUUGAUAAGCCAACAACAUUCGUUAAAGGUAGCAACAGCGCUUAUCUCAACCACAAGAAUAUUCCAUUGGCCGAAAAGUUCUUCCCAAAUAUGAAACUUGUCACUUUCCAAGCUGGACAUUUCGUCCAUACGGAGAAACCUUUCGAGUUCGUACAGUUAGUUACUGACGACAUCGAGAGUGACCGUUCAAUUUGAGCGGUUACUUUGGAUUCCUAUAGAGCAUGCAUCAUUUCUAUUUCUCCGUAAUGCUUUCUUUUCUUUCUGAUAUUUCUUCAUUUUCUCCAUGUUUGCUUUUUCUUUUCGCUUGAAAUUAUCGACGCGCUGAGCUUUACCAGGGGACGUCUCAUUGAUCACACCCUUCUCACUCGCUAUCGUUAUUAUACUCUCCAAGCGAUGAGAUGCAAUCCGGCUAUUCUGAGCUGCCGAUCUCGUCGAUGAAUCACUGACGACAACGCUAUCAGAUGACUUCACAUAAUGUGCGUCCUCACGAAGUGCAUUAUGGACGUAUUUAGGUAACCAGUUCUGCUUCACUUGCAUCCUGGCUGUAGCUUUACUCGAAGUUUUAUUAACAUUCUGACCACCCUUCCCAGAGCUUCUAGAGAAUGUGAAAUCAACAGAUUCCUCAGGUAUUUUAAAAUUUUGAAGCUUCUUCAGCCAUUCUCUAGCUAUAAACUGCGUUUGUUCAUCUAAUAUACACCUCCGUGCACUACUAUAGAACCACCUGAUAAGCAUAAAAGAAGAAGAUAU